AAUUCCUUUAGGUUGGUUGAUGUUCACCAAAAAACGAUCUAUUUUUGGCCAAAACAAACAAAAAAAAAACAUUAUUGUCAACCAUCUUUCGUUUUUUUUCCACAAAACAUUUUUCAAAAGAAUUUGACUUUGGUAAAUCAUCAUAACGCACAUAUCGCACACACAUAAAAUAAACAUUCGAAUUCGAACGUCCGAAAAACAAUCGAUAUCACUCUCUCACACUCGGCUAUUAUCGAUUUAAUCGAUUAUUUUGUUCUUUCCCCUUGACUCAAAAUGAAUACAAAUGGUGAUGAACGUUUAGCAAAAUUAUUACAUGAUCGUCGUUUAGAACCGGAACGUUUUUGGUUUCAAUGUGAUAAAUGUUAUGGUCGAUUUGAAUCAAGGAAAUUAUUGCAACAACAUCAAGAUCGUAAAUUAUUUAAAUGUCCAUUUAAAGAUUGUUGUAGAAAAUUUACACAUCGUUGGGAAUUGGUUACACAUCAAAAAACCUGCCCAGGUCGUAUUUUACAAGGUGAUUUUGAUAAUUAUAAAAUCUAUCAAAUGAUCAACAUUCGUCAUACAGAAAAGCCAAGAAAAUUUAAUCAUCUUGAUUUAUGGAUUAAAUAUCCAUAUUGGUUCUGAAACGAAAGAAAUAAAAACCCCCGAAACGAAGAUGGUUAUCCAGACAACGAAUAAUAAAAUUAACAAUUUUUUUUGAUUGAAAUUGAAAUGAAAAUAAAAUUUUA